AUGCAGCCAACAACAGCCCUGCCCCUAUUUUCGGCCAUCAUGGUGCUCCUCGGAGGCCUAGGCGCUGCCGCCCCAGUCGCUGACGGGGCUUCCACAUGCCAACCGCAGACGAUCUGCAUUGAUGCAAUCAACACUUGCGGUGUUAGAUAUGGAGGGUGCUACGACGUCUGCAAAACCGCUUCUAAACCACAACCGCCUCCCUGCCCAAGCACCAUCCCGGCGACAACGAAAAGGACGAGCACGAAGAAGCCCACUUCGACCAAGAAAACUUCAAGCAAGAAGCCCACGUCCACCAAGAAAUCUUCCAGCACGAAGCCUACCCCCACCAGCACGAAACCAGUCAUCACAACCAAGGUAACGCAGCUGCCGCCGGCCACCACCGGCAAGGCGACUGGAACCAGCAGCUGUACCGCUGCGCAGACUGUCUGCUUGGACGGCAUCAACGAGUGUGGUCAGUGGUAUGGAGGCUGCUUCCCCGACUGCCGCCCAUGGCCGACUUUCACGGCGCCGCCGUGCUCCAAGACAGUGACCAAGACCACAAUCACCACUCGAGUGGUUACCUCCGUACGGGGCCCUCCGAUCUUGACGCUGCCUCAGUGA